GUAACAUGCAUGUGUCACUGGCUGAGGCACUGGAGGUUCGGGGCGGGCCACUGCAAGAAGAAGAAAUAUGGGCUAUUUUGAAUCAAAGUGCAGAAAGCCUUCAAGAGCUAUUCAGAAAAGCUGAUCCUACUGCUCUGGGAUUCAUCAUUUCUCCAUGGUCUCUCCUGUUGCUUCCAUCUGGCAGUGUAUCGUUUACUGAUGACAAUGUGUCCCAACAAGAUCUGCGAGCAUUCACGGCUCCAGAGGUUCUGCAGAAUCAGUCUCUGUCAUCUCUCUCAGACGUGGAAAAGGUGCAUAUUUAUUCUCUUGGUAUGACACUCUUCUGGGGAGCUGACCAUGAAGUACCUCAAAGCCAACCUAUCAAACUUGGAGAGCAUCUCAACAGCAUACUCCUCGGCAUGUGUGAAGAUGUCAUUUAUGCCCGUGUAUCUGUACGGACCGUUCUGGAUGCCUGCAGUGCCCACAUACGGAACAGCAACUGUGCCCCUUCUUUUUCAUACGUGAAACAGUUAGUCAGACUGGUUCUGGGAAGCCUGUCUGGGAUGGAUCAACUUGCUUGCAAUGGAGAUAAAAAAUUGCAGCCAGACAGGAGCCAGGCUAUUCGGGAGAGGCUGAGGGGGAAAGGACUUCCCACAGGAAAAACCUUGGUGGUUGAUGCAGAUGACGGACACAAGACUCAUUUCUCUCAACAGACCAUGCUUAACAAAGGGCUUAGCAAGUCUAUGGGAUUUCUGUCCAUUAGAGGAACACAAGGCGAGGAAGAAUUUUUCCAGGGCAUUUCCUCAGAUUACAACUCAGGACAGGAAGAUGCUUUCUGUCCUCACAGAUGUAAAACCAAUGAGUUUGGAAAAAAAGGUCACCUUCAUACAGAUGCUGCUCCCAGGCGGAAGGUAUGGGCUUCCUCCACAGACUUGCUCUGCACAACUGACAAGGCCGCUGAGAGGGACCAUGCUGGAGACUCUCACAGGCAUGGUCAUCAGUGUGAGACAUUUACAGUGCGGACUUCUACCACCACCAGAAACAAGGAAGCAAGGUACUCUGAUGGCAGCAUAGCACUGGAUGUCUUUGGACCUCAAAAACUGGACCAAACACGCCAUGUGCCAGAGACAUCAACUUCCGCAGCGAUAUCGAGUGCCUUUGACAGGAUAAGAGAGAGACAAAAGAAGUUGCAGCUCCUGCGGGAAGCCAUGAAUGUAGAAGAGCCUCUGAGAAGGUACAAAUCUUACCACAGCGAUGUUUAUAGUACUUCGAGUGAAAGCCCAUCUGUUAUUUCCUCGGAACCAGAUUUCAGGCAAGUGAGAAGAAAUGAAGGUUUCAAGAGAGAUGAUGCCAACGGUGCUUUACCGGGCGCUGAUGAUAUCUCGACAUCAAGUCAAGCUAAUUCUCAGAGAGCCAGGCAGCAUGAAGCACCAUUUGAAGGCAAUCUUAUAAGUCAAGAAGUGAUGCUAAAGCGUCAGGAAGAAGAAAUGAUGCAACUGCAAGCUAGAAUGGCUCUUCGGCAGUCCCGACCGAACCUCUACCCUGGAGAUGCAAUUAGGUCCUCAAUGCUCGAUAUCACCAGAGAUCCGCUGAGAGAAAUAGCCCUGGAAACUGCCAUGACUCAAAGAAAACUGAGGGAACUAACUGUCCCUUGGUCUCUUAUUCGAGCAACACAGUAUUCAUUCAUACGCUUGUGCUUUGCAGAAUUUCUUGGCCCUGAGUUUGUGAAAAUGACGAUUGAACCGUUCAUCUCCUUGGAUCUACCUAAGUCUAUCUUGACGAAGAAAGGGAAGAAUGAUGACACAAGGCGGAAAGUAAAUGUGAUGCUUCUAAGUGGGCAGAAGCUGGAGCUGACCUGUGACACCAAAACAAUAUGUAAAGAUGUCUUUGAUAUGGUUGUUGCACAUAUUGGCUUAGUGGAGCAUCACUUAUUUGGGCUGGCUACUUUAAGAGACAAUGAAUUUUUCUUCGUUGAUCCUGACAUAAAGCUAAGUAAAGUAGCUCCAGAAGGAUGGAAAGAAGAACCAAAGAAAAAGAACAAGCCCCCUGUCAACUUCACUCUGUUUUUUCGCAUCAAGUUUUUUGUGGAUGAUGUCAGUCUUAUACAGCAUACUCUCACUUGUCACCAGUAUUAUCUGCAGUUGCGGAAGGACAUCUUGGAAGACAGGAUGCACUGUGAUGAUGAGACAGCCUUAUUAUUAGCAUCCCUAGCUCUUCAAGCUGAGUAUGGAGAUUACCAGGCAGAGGUGCAUGGCAUGUCGUAUUUCAGACUAGAACACUAUGUCCCAGCUAGAGUGAUGGAGAAACUAGAUACAUCCUACAUCAAGGAAGAGCUGCCAAAAUUGCACAGCACUUACGUGGGUGCUUCUGAAAAAGAGACAGAGUUAGAAUUCUUGAAGUUGUGUCAGAGGCUCACAGAAUAUGGCAUUCAUCUUCAUCAUGUGUUGCCUGAGAAGAGAUCCCAAACAGGUAUCCUUCUGGGAGUGUGCUCCAAAGGAGUUGUUAUUUUUGAGGUUCACAAUGGUGCUCGCACACCUGUACUACGCUUCCCAUGGAGAGAGACAAAGAAAAUAUCCUUUAGUAAGAAGAAAAUAACUUUGCAGAACACAUCAGAUGGUAUCAAGCAUGCGUUUCAGACUGACAAUAGUAAGACCUGUCAGUACCUUCUGCAUCUCUGCUCUUCCCAGCAUAAGUUCCAGUUACAGAUGAGAACCAGGCAGAGCAACCAAGACACUCAGGACAUUGAGCGAGCUUCAUUUAGGAGCCUAAACCUUCAUGCAGAGUCCGUCAAAGGAUUCAACAUGGGACGAGCAAUCAGUACCGGUAGCCUGGCCAGCAGUACUUUGAACCGACUUGCUGUCCGGCCUCUGUCAGUUCAAGCAGAGAUUCUCAAGAGGUUGUCCUGCUCCGAGCUCUCGCUCUUCCAGCCUCUUCCUGGCUCUUCAAAGGACAAGAACGAGAAGACUUCUUGGGAAGACAGACCCAGGGUUAUGAGCAAAUCAUUUCAUGAUCUGAGUCAGAGCCAUAUCUCGGUUUACCCUCCAAGGAAAAAUAUUAUCGCUGCUUUGGACUCUUCCUCCCAAAAAAUAGAGGACAUAAUGGGAAGAGUCUUUCAGCAAAUGCCAAAAUUUGAUACUGGAUUGGCAGCAGGAGCAUUGAAACGAGCAAGUAAGAGUCUCUCUGACCACCCUGAAAUGCCUUUGUGUACAGUCAAUGUACAUAUGCAUCGUUCAAAAUCUCAUGCAGGUUUAAGUAGAAGUCCUGAAAGAAAGAAAAAUGAAUCGGACUCAUCAUCCAUUGAAGAUACUGGUCAAGCCUAUGUUGUAGGCGUUAGCAUGAAUAGUUCUGGAAAUCUUCCAUCAUCAACACCAUUAAAAGAGAGCACUGACUCUCUGCAAACAACACAGAGCAGAGUUUCCUCGCCAGAAAGAGAGAUCACUUUAGUGAACUUGAAAAAGGAUGAAAAAAUGGGUUUAGGCUUUCAAAUAGUUGGUGGAGAGAAGACUGGCAAACUUGAUCUGGGAAUUUUUAUUCAUUCAGUUACUCCUGGAGGGCCAGCUGAUCUGGAAGGAUCUCUAAAGCCAGGACACCGACUAAUAUCCGUGAAUAGCACAAGUUUAGAGGGUGUCAGCCAUCAUGCAGCAUUAGAAAUUAUAGAGAAUGCACCUGAAGAUGUGACACUUGUUAUCUCUCAGCCCAAGGACAAGCUAUCCAAAGCAUCAUCCAAUGCUGCACACCUCACUAACGGAACCAGGACUUAUUUAAGGAGGCCGUCAUCCGUGCAAGACAAUGAGGCAGAGUCCUCUUCGGAAGAGCACAACCGGUCCCGUGGCCACCAGAGGCCUGUCUCAGGGAGUUUGUCUGGCUUGUCAGGAGCCAAGCGGGAUGGGAGCAUGAGCUCCCAGGACUCCAGAACUGAGAGUGCCAGCCUGUCUCAGAGCCAGACUGCCGGCUUCUUUGGCAAACGUGCAAGUGGCAGAGCCCAGCAGGAUCCUCAGAACAACAGUGAUUCCCAGACUGGGCUUUCAAAAAGUAAUGAGAAGAGAAGAUCGUCAUCUGACAGUACUCGAGCAAAAAUUAAAAGGCCUGGGGUAGCAGAGUCGGUGGAAUAUUCUGACCGAGGAGAUUCUGACAUGGAUGAAGCAACUUACUCCAGCAGUCAGGAGCAGCAGGCAGAUAAAAAGGAAUCUUCCUCAGCGAAUACAGCACACAAAACGAAUUCUAAAAAGGUUACUGCAGCACUUCUUAAACCUGGAGAUAUCUUUGAGGUUGAACUAGCCAAAAAAGAUAACGGCUUGGGAAUAAGUGUCACGGGUGGUGUAAAUACUAGCAUACGGCACGGUGGCAUUUAUGUGAAAGCGAUUAUUCCUAAGGGAGCAGCCGAAGCAGAUGGCAGGAUAGAAAAAGGUGACCGUGUGCUUUCUGUCAAUGGGAUUAGUUUGGAAGGCGCUACCCAUAAACAAGCUGUGGAAACACUGAGAAACACCGGGCAGGUGGUGCAUCUGCUGUUGGAAAAAGGGCAACUUUCAGCGGCAAAGGUUCAUGCUCCGGUAACACCACAGUGCACACCUCCAAAUCAGGUGGGGCAAUGUGAGCCUCAGGAGAAACCAGCGAUAAAAGCUACAAAUGCCAAAGACUACAGCUUUGUCACUGCAGAGAACACAUUUGAGGUGAAGCUGUUGAAGAAUAGCUCAGGCCUUGGGUUCAGCUUCUGCCGUGAGGAUAAUCUUACCCCAGAGCAGCUGGGCUCAACCAUUGUGAGGGUGAAAAAGCUCUUUCCUGGGCAGCCUGCUGCAGAAAGUGGGCAGAUAGAUAUUGGGGACGUCAUUCUCAAAGUGAAUGGGGCAUCACUGAAGGGUUUAUCCCAGCAGGAAGUCAUCUCUGCUCUGAGGGGAACAUCUCCAGAAGUUUCUCUUCUCCUUUGUCGGCCACCACCCGGUAUACUACCAGACAUCGAUCCUUCUUUGUUGACUCCCAUCCAUUCACCCCACCAAGUAUUUCCAGAUGUCAGCAGAGAAGUUUCUGGUCCAUCGACUGGAGAACAGGGUGACAGCUCAGAUGAAAAUGAAACCAUUGAUCCGAGCAAGAAAAGACUAAAAUCUCCCUCGAGGAGAGAUAGCUACAGUGACAGCAGCAGAAGUGGUGAUGAGGAGGUGAUGGACUCAGCAGCACAGGUGGGCUCUGGCUGGAGUUCUGCCCUAUACCAAACAUCAGGUGAAGCUGUGACACAGGCACACAGCCAGUACGAGGCACGCAGCGGGCAGGAAGAGGCUGUUCGCACCAUCUUGUAUUCUGUUCAUGAAACUUCUAGCAAGUCGGAGCUAGAGGACGACAGCACUGUGCCAUUGGAUUUGCCACUGAUCCCAACCUGUAGAACUGUUCCUGAUGUUACCACAUCCGUUUUAAUGAACAACUGUUUUGCUACUCCUGCAUCUGAGCUGACUCCACACCUGGGAGGAAUGGCAUCGUUACUCAGCCAGUUGGAAAAAAAUGCUGAAGAAUAUGAGCCAGAAGUAGAGCUCCAAGUCACCAUGACCAAGUCUGAAAAGGGUAGUCUGGGCUUCACAGUGACCAAAGGUAACGAUAACGUUGGCUGCUACAUUCAUGACAUUGUUCAGGAUCCUGCCAAAAGCGAUGGGAGACUACGACCUGGAGACCGACUAAUAAAAGUUAAUGACAUUGAUGUCACUAACAUGAGUCAUACAGAUGCAGUAAAUUUUCUCCGUGCUGCCCCCAAAACCGUCAGAUUAGUGCUAGGACGUGUUUUGGAGUUACCCAAGAUGCCAGUAUUGCCUCAUUUACUGCCUGAUAUUACACUAACGUGUCAUAAGGAAGAGCUAGGUCUGGUGUUAUCAGGAGGUCACGACAGCCUUUACCAAGUUGUGUAUAUUAGUGACAUUCUCCCCAGAUCAGUUGCUGCCAGGGAAGAGAGUCUCCAUGUGCUAGAUAUUAUCCAUUACAUUAAUGGAGUAAGCACACAGGGAAUGUCUCUUAAAGAAGCCAAAAGAUCAUUGGAAACAUCCCUUCCUAAAGUGGUGCUCAAAGCGACCAGAGAUGGUCAUCCAGUGCUUCCAAAAUCCAAAAUCCCAGACAGCUCAAAUUCAUGGUCAAAAAAAUCUAAUGGCUGUUCUCAUGGUGAUCCCUGUGAUAAAACAGAAAAGACAACCGAUGCUUAUGGGCCCAAGGUCAAUGGCAAUGGCAUCCUAGGACCAUCUCAUGCAAACACAGAAAAUAAUACCCACCACACAAAAGGACUGAUGAAUCUCACAGGGUCUGGAGAUGCCUCUUCCCUUGGCUUUGCCACUCAGAUAGCAGAUUUUUCUAAACACAGUGACAAAUCAGAAACAGAGGUUCCAGAUGAUGAAUAUUAUGAUGAAGACGACCACAAUGAAGUUGUCCAAUACCUGUUGGAUGUUGUAGAUGAGGAAGCCCAGAACCUCUUAAAUCGUAAUAACGCUACAUCAGAGGCCCAGAACCUUCUACACAUCAAGAAGGCCACAUCAGAAGACCAUCUGUCAGUAGAAAUGAAUGGGAAGCUGACAGAAGAUAAGUCUGAAGAUACUGACUGUGAUGGGUCAUCUUUACCUGAAGAUUUUUCAGAGCCAACGCACUUAAAUGGUUGUGAAGACCAUUGUGAAGAAAAAGCUGUGCCAGAAAGGUCACCUCCACAACCUCCCUUGAGUCAAGCAGAUGAAGAUGAAAUCACGUGGGGAAGCGAUGAAUUGCCAAUUGAAUCAAUCAACCAGGAACGUGUAAAUAAAGAUUUCCCUUUGGUGACAAAUGAAGAGAUCUCUUCGCUCCCUACUGUGAAUGUGCUCCCUGGAGGCAAGUACGCGGGAGCCAAAUUGAAGUCGGUCAUCAGGAUGUUGCGUGGAUUGCUGGAACAGGGAGUCCCUUCUAAAGAGAUUGAAAAUCUUCAAGAGUUAAAACCGUUGGAUCAGUGUUUGAUUGGACAAGCAAAGGAGAACAGGAAGAAGAACAGAUACAAAAACAUACUUCCUUAUGAUACCACUAGAGUACCUCUUGGGACUGAAGGUGGAUACAUCAAUGCCAGCUUCAUUCGCAUGCCAGUGGGGAACGAAGAGUUCAUUUACAUUGCGUGUCAAGGACCUCUCCCUACUACUGUAGCGGAUUUCUGGCAAAUGGUUUGGGAACAAAAAUGUACUGUGAUUGCCAUGAUGACUCAGGAGGUUGAAGGAGAAAAGAUAAAAUGCCAGCGUUACUGGCCAGAUGCACUCAAUAAAACCACCAUGAUAACUGACAGACUACGGCUUGCUCUAGUAAGAUUCCAGCAGCUGAAGGGCUUUAUCAUUAGAGUGCUGGAGCUAGAAGAGAUUCAGACAGGUGAAGUACGGCACAUUUCCCAUCUGAACUUCAUUGCCUGGCCUGACCAUGACACCCCUUCUCAACCAGAUGACCUGCUAACUUUUAUCUCCUACAUGCGGCAUGUCUACAAAUCGGGACCCAUCGUAACUCACUGCAGUGCGGGCAUUGGCCGGUCGGGGACCCUCAUAUGUAUAGAUGUAGUUCUGGGAUUAAUCAGCAGAGAUCUCGAUUUUGACAUCUCAGACCUGGUGCGCACGAUGCGUCUGCAGAGGCAUGGGAUGGUUCAGACAGAGGACCAGUACAUUUUCUGCUAUCAAGUUGUCCUAUAUGUCCUGAACCAUCUCCAACAGGAAGAACAGAGAGGGAAAUAAAAUACUGAAUGGAAGUGCUUUUAGAACAAGGAAGCAAGGAGAUCUAAAGACUCUCACCUGUUUUAUUUGUUCUGCGAAUAUUAUUCCAGUCAUUUUCUUCAGUUGCUGUCAAAUGUUUUUUCUAAAUAGUCUCUUCAUCACUCCAGAUAAGGUAUAUAGUAUAUGGAAAAGGGAUAGCUCAUGCAAUACCACUAGUGUCUUACGCCCAUGGACACAUCUGUGAGAUACUUGUAUAACAGUAAAUAAUAUUUAAUAAAAGCUGCAUUUUUUUGCAGCAUCCUUAGUAUGUGAUUAAGUACUGAAAUAAAAAUAUUUUAAUUAAAAAAAUGAAGAAAAAAAUAAUCUUAUAAUACCUCCUGCAGUUCUGCAACUGCUCUGCGGUAUUUGUUUCUUAGGGGGGUGGGAUAAAGCAGUAUUUUUGGCCUGGUCAACUUUAUUACGAAGAUAUUUUACUAGUCUCUUUUAAAAGCUUGUUUAUGGCACAGACUUUUUUGUCCUUUUAGUACAGUUAGAACUAUUUUAUAGAGGGUAUCUUGAAAUCAGUAUUUAAGCUUUAAGAGAUGCCUUUUAGCGUAAGGAUAGUAGUGAAUGUUUACUGUAAGUAUAACAGUUAAUAAUGUUUAAUUGAUAGAGUUUCAUGUAUAUAUUUAUAUACUUUUACAAAAAAAAAUUGAAUUAUCAGAUGUCUAACCUUAUAACUUAUUAGGCAUCUCUACUCUGUAAAUAAAAAUACACUUAAAAUACA